UAUUUUAUUUGUUGACAGUUGAAUUAGACUCCAAUUUAGAACUAGAAGUACUUGCCCAAUACGAGGAACAUUUAGUGGAACAACUAGAAGAAGUGGAACCAGAAGAAAUAGUAGAAAUGGAUGAAGAUGGCGAAGAGGUCGCUUUAUUCGUGCAAUCUCGCAAAGGACACACAAUACUUCAAUAUGGCGGCCAUAGAUACAGAAAAGCGUACAGGUCUAAACAUGGCAUUAGAUGGAACUGUUCCACAGACAAAGGAUGCCCGGCGUUCCUUUAUCUGAACGACAAUGAUGAAAUCAUCAUGUCCAACAAGAUUCACCGGCACAGCCUACCGUUCAAUGAGAAUAUUGACACGGAUCAAACUGAUACUGCAGUCGUCAUCACAUCUCGUAAAGGCAAGGAGAUGCUUCUCUUCCGCCAAUACACCUACCGUCGGCAAUACACCAAACCCAACAGGACACGAUGGGUUUGCUCGACGCUCAAGAACUGCAGGGCUUGUGUGUUCACAGAUGACGAUAACUUCAUCACUUCAGCUUUUGAAGAGCACUGCCAUAAUCCCCCUAAAUAUUACCUUAAACCGGAUCAUGUUCUAGGAGCUAUUAGGGAGCCCCUUGUUGAUAGUUAGAU